UUGGUGGCCGAGGGAGGACUUCCACCCUAAUCGGAAGUUCAAAUGUUGAGCGUCUUUCUGCCAUAGCUCUCUAUGAUUUCGAAAAGGGGCGGGGCAAGCUCUUUGAAACUGACGCGAGAAGGUUUGAAUACGGCGGGAAGGGGAAACCCUGAGUCGGGAGGCGGUUGAGCUUUGGGCCUGUCCUCAGAAAAGGAAGGCCAGGCGCGAGUUUGCAGAUUUUUUACACGGCGUCUUCCCUUUCCUCAUCAAGAUGUCGGCAGAACUCAUGAUCUACGAAACCCAGUUCUUUGGCUUCACCCCACAGACAUGCAUGAUGCGCGUGUACCUUGCGUUCCAAGACCAUCUCUUCCACAUGAUGCUGGUAAUCGAAGAGGUGGUCCUGAAGAAACUGAAGAGCAUGCACGACACGAAGCUGACGCCUUCUUCUAUCCGUCGAAGCAGCGAGAAAUUCCUUGCCUACACGAGGAAUCAUUUCCACCAGCUCUUUGGCAAAAUGGAACAAAUGCUGCUACAGGUGGUGCUGAGUAUUCCGGAAAAUGUUUUGCUCCCUGAACACAAAUGCCAGGAACAGUACCACUACACUGCAAGUGAGUUUGAGAAACUUCAAGAGGAGGUCCGUCACCUGGAGCACCGCGUCAAAGGUGAAAUAUCUGCCCAGCAGGCUCUGAAAACUGAGCUGGAAGAGCAAAAGGCUACCCAGGAGCAGCUCAAAAGGAUCCUUCAGUGGUUUGACGGCCUCGACAAUGUCUGCCGAGUACACGGGGCCAGCAACCUGAAAGAAAGCUUCGUCUUCUUGAAGGGGAAUGCCACCAAAUUGCAAACUGUGAUGCAGGAAGUUGAAGAUAAAAGCAAGAAGCUGCACACCAAGUGAUUGUUUUAAGGAAGUACCUGAGCCUGAAGGAUUUGUCAUUAAGCUGACAAGAGUGCUGUCCCCCUGCCCCCCAAAUAAAUUUGAAUUGUGCAUUAA